GCUGGCGCAGCAGCAUCAGAAAACGAACGACUCUCGCGAGGUGCGCACACGCAACGACUCGCUGCUGAAGACAACCUCACAACCUGAACGAGUCGAGCAGAGCUUACACAAAAGCUAACGCCAUGUAUCUGGAUACGAAGAACCUGACGGCCGGCAACAGCAGCACAGCGACAGCAGCCACAGCGGCUUUAGCGGCGCCGAGGGCGGGGAGACGCAUGCGCAAAGUGUGGCAGCCACUGCGACGGCUGUUGACAGUGGGCGGCAAGGGCAGGCCCAGCUGCCAGCCGCAUCCCAACAAUGUGGAUCUCAAUAAUACGCAGCUGUUGCCACAGCUGGAGCCGCUGCAGGCGGACAACAGCGACAGCAGCAAAUCAACGCCCGAUGAGUCUAUCAGCAAGUUCGCCGAGCUGUCUUUGCAGCAGGUGCACGAGGAGCUGACACAGACGCCACCACCGCCCAACACGCCCACGCUGAUCAGCAGCGUCUACGUGGAGAAGGUCAGUGCACAGAGCUGCAAUGCCUGCCACCAUGGACGCAACUGUCAGCACACACACCACAGCAGCAACAUCAGCAACAUCAGCGACCGCACAGCCCACAGUCUAAAUGUCAGCGCAGUGUCCCACUCCACGCCCACGCCCGCAGUCACGUCCAGCGUGACGCCCGCAGCCACACUGUGGGAUCUGCCACUGCCGCUGCAGUACAUUAGCACCGACAACGGCACCUUCUUCUGGGCCAACACACAGGAGCGCGUCGACGACGACCUGCUGCACGCCUGGCUCUGCCAAAGCUUCAGCCAAUUGCCCGGCACGCUUUGCUAGCCCCCAGACAGACCGCAAAUGUGUUCUCCACAACAGAUCUCAAUUUGGACAACUCGUGACUGCAGCUCGACUCUCGACCCUCGACAGUCGAGUUCCAGCAUUGGGCAGCCCAAACACUUAUUAGUUACUUGUUCACACAAUUAUUUAUUUUCUUACGCAAUAUUUACUUUGUCAAUGUGAUAUCAAUUUGCAAAUAAAUGAAAAACUAUGGAAAACUAU